UUCCAUUCUCUUCUUUUUACUCAUUACUCAAUUCUUUUCCUUUCUAUACCAUUUUAUAAAUCCCCACUUAUUUUUUGCAUUUACAUUCUUCAAUUCUUUAGCUUCAUUUCUUCUCUCACUCAUCGUACACACUUCAUUCUUUGCUCAAAAUAAUCUUUUUUUAAGCUUAAUAUUGUGAAUUUAGAAAAAACCCAGUUUCUAUUUUCAUCUUUAAAGUAGCAAAAUAAGCUAGAUUUGACAUCUUUUGCAUUUCUACCAUAUUUUUUGAUUUCUGGGUCAAUUUAAUGUGUUGAGGAAAAUUAGAAAAACAGCUUUUCUGGGUUCAGAAUUGCUUUGAAAUCAGAAAAAAUUUGUUAAGUUUGGGUAUUUCUUGUUUUUUACCAUUCUUUUUUUUGUUGGUAAAAAAAUAAAAAAAAUCCUUUUUUGGGAUUUUACUGGUCACUGUUUGUAGGUUAUAAACAGUAAAAUGAUUGAUUUAUAGCAGGAAAGUUUGAAACUUGUGAAGGUAUUUUUGAGGAAGAAGUGAAAAGAGUUACUCUUUAAUUCUCUUGUGAGAUUUUUGAAAAAAUGGGGAUGGAAAAUGGAGAGUCAUAUAUUAAAAAGAUACUCAAGAAUUUAUGCUUGAGCAAUGGAUGGUCUUAUGGUGUUUUUUGGCGUUUUGAUCCAAUAAAUCAUAUGUUGUUAACUAUGGGAGAUGCUUACUUUGAAGAACAUGCUUCAAGUUUAAUGGAGGGUAUGCUUAUGCAAGUCCACAUGCUUGGUGAUGGAAUAAUUGGUAAAGCUAUACUCAAUCGGAAACAUAGAUGGAUGCAUAAUUGUUUGGAAGAUUCUCUGUUAAGAAUUCAAUUUUUAUCAGGCAUUAAGACCGUUGCUGUCAUUCCUGUUGAGUUGCGAGGCGUGAUACAAUUUGGAUCCACACAGGAGAUUUUUGAAACACCAGAGUUCUUAAAUCAAGCAAUGAAGUUCUUUCUUAAAGAUCAGUAUGAAACUUUUGCUGGGUUAAAUGGCGAGAAUGAGCUCUUUAAUUCUCUGACCCCAUCUCAAAAUCCCUUUUGCAACGAUCUUUCUACGUCUUGGACAAAUGAUAUAACCAACAGUUCAACGUUCGAUCCUUUACACUUUGGAGAGGUAGUCCCCGAUUCAAGUGUUGCACGCCUAGUUAAGGAUAAUGUGGAGGUGCUUGGCGAGCUUGAUACAUGCCAAACGGAUGAUCUUUCUCAGUGGCUCGCUGAUGCUUCGAAGAUCUGUGUUACUGGAAUGGAUUUAGAAGCUAUACUAUCCGAUGACAUAUUUUCUGAUAUUGGCCGAAACAACAUAUUUUCUGGGAGUCAGGAAAAGGAACCCGCUUGCUCAUCACAAAGUUCUUUGACUAACGCCUUAGAUUCAUGUCGAGAAGCGAAACCUGUCGUUAUUCGUGCCAAUAACAAUGGACUUUUCGCUGAGGUCGGGUUAGAUUUUAGCUGUGACGCUAAAACCAACCCACCGCCAGUCGGUUGUACUGGUAUGAGGUUCACGGAGUGCACGUCAGAGGCAGGAAACUCGGGUGCUGCACCCAAGAAAGGGUUGUUCUCUGAAUUGGGUUUGGAGCAUCUUUUAAAAAGUGGGUCUAAGUCUAACUGUAGUUCUAUCAGUAAAUCUUGCAUAGAAGAUCAAUUGCCGUUAUUAAAGAGGAGAACGGAAGCCUGUCAAAUGGCUAAUGAUCAUAAUCAGCGAAGUUUCGAAUCUUGGGGCGUAAAAGUGAUGCAACCUACAACUCAUGGUCAACAAAUGCAAGAUUUUGGGUCCUUAAAAGAAUGCAUGACAAAAGCGCAAUCAAAUUCGUGGGUUGAUGCCCAGAGUUGCAUCGCUGGUGUUAAUGCACAAAGCAGGACCGAAGAUCCUCCGAAGGCUACCAAGAAAAGAGCACGGCCUGGAGAAAGUACGCGUCCAAGGCCUAAAGAUCGGCAAUUAAUCUCUGACCGUAUCAAAGACUUGAGAGACCUUAUCCCUAAUGGUGCAAAGUUAAGCAUUGAUGCCUUGUUAGGUCGCACUAUCAAACACAUGAUUUUCUUGCAAAACUUGAACAAGCACGCGGACAAACUCAAACAAGUUGAUGAACCUAAGUUGAUUGGCCAAGAUAAUGGUUUGUGUCCGAAAGUCAGUUCAUUGUCCAUCCCUUCAGGUGGCAGUAGUCGUCGUAAUGCCACUUGGGCGUAUGAAGUUGAAGGCUCAAACCUCCUUUGCCCUAUUAUAGUCGAGGAUCUUAACGAACCUGGUCAAAUGCUUAUUGAGAUGCUUUGUGAAGAACGGGGAUACUUCCUUGAAAUAGCAGACAUAGUUCGUGGCUUUGGCUUAACCAUACUAAAAGGAGUCAUGGAAGCUAGAAAUGACAAAAUAUGGGCACACUUCAUUGUUGAGGGUAACAAACAUAUAACAAGAAUGGAUGUGUUUGGGUCCCUCAUGCAGCUAUUGCAAGGCACAAAUACUAGUGAAGUAUUAAACCCGAUGCGUGAGCCAACUAACAUUGUCACUAACGCAGCCCCGAUAUGGGGCGAUUUUCAGCAGCAAAUGGUGCCACUACCGAUCUAAGCAUAAUGAACACUAAACAUAUCUUGCUCGGAUCUGGUUUUAUGUAUAGAAAUCUAGGACGUUAACCAACGUGGAAGACGAAGGGACUCAACAAUCAAGUGUGUUGCUCGGUAUUGUGGCGAUUCAUACAAAACCGAACUUGAAAAAAAGCCUCAGCAAAAUGACAGAUUGUUAUCACAACUGUGUAUGUGUGUUUCUUGUUCAGUUUUGUUGGACCUUGUGGGUCAUUUGUGAUUAGUAAUUAACCUGUUUAUAUUCUUGAGCUUAUUGUAGAUUUAGCUUAAUAUAAUUUUAGUAAUUAGUAUUUAGUACAGUUUUAGUUGGUUGGUAAUUGGUAUAUUAUACUUAGGGCUGAUUACUGGGGGCAUUUGCCUAAUUUCUGCCUCCAAUUUCUCUGUUUAUUUGGUAGUGAAGUGGAAGAUUGAAGAUUUAAGCUCA